AAUGUCCAUCAGGGAAAAAAGGAAGAAAGCAGGAUAAAUAAGGUCCAACCUUGGAGACCUUAAGGAUCUGGCUUGGCACGUUUGCCAGAGAGGAAAAUGAGCGUAGGUUACGUGUUGUCAGUGUUUGUGAGGGAGCUGCCUGGUUAUGUGCUCUUUGCUUGGAUCUUUAUGCCCGUGGCUUUACUCCUGCUGCUCCUAAUUGUCUACUUCAGGAUCAAACUAAGAGAAGUUGAGGAGGAAAUGGCCAUGGCACAAGAUUCUGGGAAUGCCUUUCUGAAUCACCGUGGCCAGUGGAAGAAACCCAGGAGAUUCGGACAAAAAGAGAACAGAUACAAGAACUCAAGGACAUUUAAGGGAGCUUCUCGUCUCAGGAAGCAAGCUUAAACCCAGUACUUAGCCCUGAAGGUUUAACAAUAAAUGGCUGUAAAUAAAUACCACACAGGAAAACAAAGCCGGAGAGGAGAAGCCAGUGCUGUGCCGUCCUAAAGAAACAGCUGCCGCCAUCCAGAGUUCUUGCAGCUCAGAGCUCCUGCAAUGACCUGCGUUGGUUCCCUUGCCUGACCCAGGAUUUGCUGGGAGGGACAGCACCCUGCUCACCAGCCCCUCCCUGGCCUACCAGGGAGAAAGGACACAACCAGCUCCUGAGAGAGCUGAGCUGGCGCAUCCAAGGCAGGCAGCCUUAUGAAAUUGAGAUGCAUAAGUAACAAGUUGGUAUCAAGCACUGACAUCUUGGAAUUUGAAAAGAGUUUUGAAGGGGAACUGACAUUUAUUAGCUUGUGCACUUUGGGAAAGAUUGUGGGGUUUGUAAAGUUUCCUUUCCACAGAAUUUGGAAGCAAAAUGUAACAGUAGCGGGAAAAAAAAAAGGAUUUCUCUCUGCUGACCAAAAAUGCCAAAUUUUGAAACCAUGGAGAGAUUUAGUCAGUAUUCUGUAAGGCAGUUAUUACUCUCCUUCAAGGACAAAUGGAUUACUCUUGCAAAUAAAAAACUGCAGAAGCAUGGAGUUAUCUUUUUAGUGUGUCAAUUGACACAUUUAAAAAAAAUCUUCCUGCCUGCUCCCUUGUAGCUGUAGAUGUACAGUUUUUAGUGCAUUUCAGAUUGCCUGUGGCAGAUGGCCCACAACAAUGCAACUCAGGUUGUUUGCAAAUACAACUGGCUUUUAGCUUCUCUGAUUCUGCUCUCAAGGCAAGGAAUGAGAAGUGACUAUCACUACUGUCCUCAGUUUUAACUGUCCCUGCCCACUAAUGAUUGCAGUCUGCAAUUACCUUUCAUUAAAGCUGUUUGUCAGUACUCAUCCUGCGAGAGUAGAUAAUGCCUUGUCUGAGAUUAUGUGUGGUUUGCACAGUUUCAGUUCUCAUAGACUUCUAAGAACUCCUUAGAAUCAUUUUAUAGAAAUACUAAUGAGGUCAUGACCACAGGUUUAAAAAAAACAACAUAAUUUAUCAAA